ACUAUCGCGGCAAUUUUUAACUUGGAAGAAGGCAGAGUUGACUAAGACAUCUCUCCCACAUACCAUUCAAAGUCCAUAGAUUUUAAUUGAGGCUCCAAGGACUUAUCAUUCUAACAGACAUACUUUUGAUCUGCAAGUGAGGAAGAAUGGGAGGAAGAGCAACAGCGGUCGCCCUUCUCUGUUUUUGGUGUUUUCUGGUUGCUUCUUAUGCCGCUGCUAAUAUUCUACAGCAAGGUAGGCCGCUCAGAUAUUGGCAGCAACUGGAAUCACCCAAUAAACGGUUCAAGUUAGGUUUCUUCGUGCCUUACUGGCAACAGGAUUCCGGUUCUGUUGAUCAAUCUUUCUUGGGAAUAUGGUACAACGACGAAAGUUGGUCCCAAGAAAGCGAAGAAGACUACCCAAGAAUAUCCUUGCCACCUGUAUGGGUUGCAAACCGAGACAAUCCAAUCUUGAUGGGUGUCGGAGUUCUCUCAGUUGGCAGCAAUGGAGGCCUCCAGAUUUCAUUUGCUGAAACAAAGGUGAUCGUUUCCUUGUACUCAACUCCAGCUUCGAUUAACGCCAGUGCCACUCUGCAGGAUGAUGGUAACUUCGUACUGCGGGAGCUGGAUUCAGAUGGAUCUGUGAAGCGGAUUCUGUGGCAAAGCUUUGAACAUCCCACCGACACUCUUCUUCCGGGCAUGAAACUGGGAAUUACAACAAAUCUGACAUCGUGGAAGAGUUACAAUUCACCUGCCUCUGGCUCUUUUACCCUCCAUGUGGAUCCCAAUAAACAACAACUCGUCAUACGGAAGCAAGGGGUUGAAAUCUGGAGUAGCGGAAGUUGGCGAGAGAGCAGUUUUGACUUUCAAUCUUUUUCUGGGAUUGAUUAUGGUUUGAACUUUAGUUUCUUUCAAAAUGGAAGCCAAACUUACUUCACUUACACAUACACUGCAAGGCACGACUAUUCUUAUUUCCCAGGAAUAAGAAUAGGCAUUGGUGGUCAGCACUACAUGUUAUCUGGUAGCGAGGACUACUUGAGAAAUUUUAAGGUUCAAAUCUUCUCACGACAUUAUGGAUCAAUGUCAAGAGAUGGAUUCACAAUCCGGAACAGUGACGACCUGAAUAUUGAGGGUUGUAGGAAUAAAUGCUUGUUAAACUGUAAUUGUCUUGCUUAUGCUACAAUCAAUAAUCAGGACAAUAACAAGACAGGUUGUGAAAUUUGGACAUCAAGAGCAGAAUUAAAACCAGCAUCCGAUGGGAAAGGCCGUGUCAUUUACAUCCUUCAUUCCAAAGAGAACAAAUGGUUACUUGGGCUUACUUUUCUAGUUGGAGCAAUGAUGAUCCUACCCGCUUUGUGCUCUAUCUGCUAUAUCAUCUGGAAACAAAGCACAUCAAAUGGUGAUGAAAACAUUAAGCAGAGGACACUAUUAAGAGAGCUGGAAGGUGGUGAAGCGAGUUCUAUCUCAUUUGGAGAAGCAAAUAGUCUAAAGAAAGAUAGAAAUAAUGAGCUGCAGGCCUUCAGCUUCGAAAACAUUGUCUCUGCAACAAACUAUUUUUCACUUGCAAAUAAACUAGGAGAGGGUGGCUUUGGACCAGUUUAUAAGGGAAUCUUACAUGAUGGGCGAGAAGUAGCAAUAAAGAGACUCUCCACGGGUUCAGGACAAGGAGCAGCAGAAUUCAAGAAUGAAGCUGUACUAAUUGCAAAGCUUCAGCAUACUAAUCUUGUGAGGCUUCUCGGCUUUUGCAUUCAAGUAGAAGAAAAGAUAUUAAUCUAUGAGUAUAUGCCAAACAAAAGUUUGGACUACGUUCUCUUUGAUCCUAACAAGAAGAAAAUGUUGAAUUGGAAGAGACGAUUCUUUAUCAUUGAAGGGAUUGCUCAAGGGCUACUUUAUCUACAUAAAUAUUCAAGAUUGAAAGUCAUUCACAGAGACUUGAAGGCUAGCAACAUUUUACUUGACAAUGAAAUGAAUCCGAAAAUAUCUGAUUUUGGGAUGGCUAGAAUAGUUGGACUGAAUGAAUCUGAAGCAAAUACAAACAGAGUUGUUGGAACAUAUGGGUAUAUGUCUCCAGAAUAUGUCUCCCAAGGCAUUGUUUCAUUCAAAACUGAUGUGUUUAGCUUUGGAGUUCUAUUGCUGGAGCUUGUAAGUGGGAGGAAGAAUACUACACGUUAUCGUCCUGACCUUCCUCUCAAGCUUACAGGAUAUGCGUGGCACCUAUGGAAUGAAGGUAGAGGUUUAGAGUUAAUGGAUCCUAGCGUGGAUGAAGUUUGCCCUUAUGAUCAAAUAUUAAGAUGCAUCCAUAUUGGCCUCUUGUGUGUACAAGAUCAUGCUGAAGAUAGACCCACCAUGUUUGAUGUUGUGGCAAUGCUUUCGAACGAGACAAUUCCGCUGCCAGAACCAAAAAAGCCAGGGUUUUUCACCACCAGUGCGGUUCAGGAAGAAGCAGGUGUUCCUGGGAUUGGGCCAGAUAUCUGUUCCAUAAAUCAAGCAUCAAUUUCAGUGAUGGAACCUAGAUGAUUGAGAGACAGUAACUGACUCUGCUAUGAUUGCAAAUGUUAGCGUUAUGUUACUUCUUUAUACAGGUUUUGUUUUGUAAUUCUAAUACUAAUAUUUGUAUAAACUGAAUAACGUUGAAAUUCUGUACCAAAUGAUCUUUUGUUUCCUAUCAAUUCUACAUAACCAAACAGAGUAUAAAACUUUGCCUGAGAA